AUGAGUUCAGAAUACAUUGCUUUGCUCUUUUAUAUCCGUUCACAAUUUGCUACAUAUGUUUCAAUUCCGAUCUGUAUUCUCUGUUCGAUCAGUGAAUUGUUCAGUAUUAUUGUUUUUCUCAGUCUCAAAACUUUUCGACAAAGUUCCUGCGCGUUCUAUCUGAUGAUAAUGUCAGUGUUUAACUUUAUUCGACUGGUAUUCGGCACAUCCCUUAUUAUUAUCUCAACAGCUUUUCCAAUUAAUUGGACACCUGUUUUGCUGUAUUAUUGUCAACUUCGAACUUCAAUUAUCGGUUUGUGUUAUUUGGGCGCAAUAACAACAUUAUGUUUAGCAGUGAUUGAUCAAUACUUCGCGACAAGCGCUCGUCCACAAUGGCAGCGAUGGUCGAAUAUCAAAUUCGCUCAUCGUCUCGUAUUGAUUAUUACAAUUAUUUGGGCUUUUCACGCAUCGCUGUUCUUUAUUUAUUUCAAUCAAUUAGCAUUGUCCAAUACGGCAACGUGCAUUGCAACAAAUCAGAUUUUCGUUCAGUAUUAUAUUUAUGGAUACUUUUUCACAUAUGGAAAUUUUUUUCCAUUGGUUUCUGCAAUAUUUGCUGUGUUGGCUUUUCGAAAUGCCCGAAGUUUGGCAACUCGAACAAAUCCAGUCGUUCGAAGAGAAUUGGACAAACAACUGACCGUGAUGGUUCUUGUAGAAGUAUGUGUUUACAUUUGCACUUAUCUCCCAUUUGCCAUUUCCAAUGGAUUUUCAUCAUUAAAUACAAACCGCGAUCCAAUUCUUCUUGCACAAUUGAAUUUAAUAAAUGCAGUUACUCUGGCUAUAUUUACAAUCAGUAAUGGAAACUCGUUUUUUACAUAUAUUUGUGUGUCGAAACGAUUUCGUCGUCAAGCAAAAUAUGUUUUCUAUGAGACUUAUACGAAUCGAUGUGGAAAGAAUCGAGUCAAUCCAAAUGAAAUGGAAAUUCAAGUAAUGACAGAUAGUUAA